AUGCAGAGGGACAAAUUUACUUCUAAUGAUCCUGCCCUUGUCAGUGCCAACGAGGCAAAGCCAAGGUGGGAAACAGAUGUCUUCUUUAAUAGAAGCUCUAACAAGACGAUCGUUGCCAAUCUUCUUGGUUACCUGCCCCCAAAGUUUGUUGGGCAGAGUAUAAAAACAAGCGAAUUCCGUACUAUGGUGCACACAAACUUCUGGAGCACAACUCGUAAGGACAGAGAAGAUCCUGUGGUGAUCCAGAUACUCGGAUCUAUCAUCUUGUCAGUAUAA